UGGCGAACGGAGCCAUGAGAGUUUAAUGGCACACUGAUACGAUUGUGCACCAUCUCUGACACAGACGUCCACCUCGUUUGUAGCCUCGAGCUGAGAGAGUCUUCUGCUGCUCUUCCCGGCGAGGUGCGUGCGCUGAUAGCGCAUAGCGAAAGACUGAUUAUCCGUCGCUUAAACAGUUCAUCCUGACGACUCCCCGCACGAAAUUUCAAGUCUAGUACAUCACUCAUGUCCCCAACCUCACAUACGAUGCAAACGCCCUCCCUUGCCGUGACCCCGACCCAGACGAUACAUGCACCUGCGGAGUCGCAGGAUAUUGAGAAGGGAGAGCCAGAUAUCCCUGUGGAUCGGGCGGGGGCUACCUAUAUGAAAACGGACAUAGAGCAUGUCGAAGUCGAGAACGACCCGCGUAUGUGGUCAAGAAGUAAAAAGCUGUUUGUGCUCGUCCUAGUCUCUGCUGCGUCAUGUAUUGCGGGGCUAGGAGGCAACAUAUACAACCCGGGUAUAGCGGAAGUCGAGCGCGAGUUGCACACUGGUCCUGGGAGCAUCUCGCUUAGUCUUUCAAUAUUCAUCCUUCUUCAGGGCGGCUUUCCGAUCAUUUGGAGCGCGGUAUCUGAGAUUGUGGGACGAAAGAAAGUAUAUAUUGCAUCGAUGACGCUCUGCAUGAUCGGAUGUGUCGUCGCUGGUACGGCCAAAAGCAUCGGGGUACUGAUAGGCAUGCGGUGUCUACAGGGAGCAGGAGGCGCAGCUGUGAUUUCCAUCGGCGCUGCAACGCUCGCGGACAUUUACGAGCCCCAUGAGCGCGGAACAAUGAUGGGAAUCUACUACUGCGCACCCCUCAUCGGGACCUCACUCGGCCCUCUGCUCGGUGGCGCACUCACGCAGGGCCUCGGCUGGCGCUCGACGUUCUACUUCCUGGCAAUCUUCACGGGCCUCUGCGUCCUUGCGUUUCUCGCGUUCGAGGACACCUUCCGCCGCGAGCGUAGCGCGGUGUACUCUGCUGCUGUCCGCCGUCGCCGCCGCGAAGCUACGCGUCGAGCACUACGUGAGCUCGAGCGCGAGAAGAGGGCGCGCGAGGAGGUAAGCCACGGUACCGUCAUCGAGAAAGCACCCGAGAACGAUGUAGUGGCCGAUAACAAGAAGCCCCUAGAGGGGAGUGGAGAACACGGUGAAGAGCAAGAGAAGAGCGCGGCACUCCGCCCGUCGUCUGGGUCCGUGCGCUCGCAAGAGAUAGUCGAGGCGAUUCCAACGCCGGCAACACCGGCCCCUGAAAAGGCCAAAGCAGAGCUGCGUGAGGUGCGGCUCUCGCUGCGGGACGUGAACCCUAUCGGGCCAAUGAUACUCGUGUUCCGCCGGCUGAACAACGUCGCAAUCUUAAGCGCGAGCGGACUCAUCUUCGGCUUCUCGUACUGCAUCGCGUACACCUGUGCGCGCACGCUCGGCGACAAGUACGGGUAUGAUGCGCUCCAUAUCGGGCUUGUCCUCCUAAGCUAUGGUGCCGGGUGUAUGCUUGGCAGCAUUCUCGGCGGACGGUGGUCUGACCGAGUAUACAAGAAGCUCAAAGAACAGAGCGGCGGGAACAGCCAGCCAGAGAUGCGCCUGCUCUCGACGCGGAUAUUCAUGCUCUUCCUUCCCCCAGCAGUAGUCGGCUACGGCUGGGUGUGCGAGGAGCACGUGAACGUCUCCGCAAUCUGCGUGAUGCUCUUCCUCUCGGGUUUCUUCUCCAUUUCGAUUUACUCGAGUACGCUCGCGUACAUCGUCGACGCAAACGCGGGCCGCUCCUCGUCUGCGGUCGCGCUCAAUAGUUGCUUCCGCGGUUCGCUCGGCUUCGUUGCUGCAGAGAUCGCGGUGCCCCUUCAGAACGCCAUCGGAGAUGGUGGCUUGUAUUCGCUGUGGGCAGGUUGGCUUUGCAUUUCCGAGCUCCUCGUCCUCCUGGUCUGGUGGCGCGGUGGCCGGUGGCGUGAACAUGCGGAGCAGAGGGAGGCGCGGAAGGCCGAGGCGGGUUGAGCUCACAAGCGAAAUUCGCUUUGACCUUUAGAGGCGCUGUAGAGAUAGAGUGUUUAUAUCAGUAUUACACUUGUUGCU